GAUGCCACAUUUUUUGGUUCAACUUGCAAAGAAAGAUGUUCAAAACAAUGUUCUCAAAAUGCUUGUGAUUCUAAAACUGGAAAGUGUUUCACCUGCCUACCUGGUUAUAAAGGCGACUUUUGUAAUAUAAUUUGUGAGUCUACACAUUAUGGUCAAAAUUGUUCAAGCACCUGUAGUCCAUCAUGUAUUGACCAAUUGUGUGACCGGCAUGAUGGACACUGUCUAAGUUGUAACAAAACAAUGUAUGGCAAGCAAUGCAAAGAAAAAUGUCCCAUGUAUUGUCUGAAUGAUUCAUGUGAAAUGUUUUCUGGUAAAUGUAUGGCAUGCAAACCUGACUAUGUAGGAGACUUUUGUGACAAGAGUCCAAAUGCUCAGGACAUUUCAGUAGCUGUUGGUGUAGGAGUUGGUUUAGGUGCUGCUGUAGUUCUGUUGAUAGUUCUUGUUGUUGUUGUUGUUUACAAAAGACGAGUCAGACAAAGGAAACAAGAAACAGGUGACGGUGUAGACAAUGUCGCAAAGUUACAAGAAGAAGAUCAUUACGACAAAGUUCAACCCCAUGAGAUUUACGACACUGACUCAUUACAUGAUCAUUAUGACUCUGCAGAAAAUGAAUUGAACGAAAAAGAUAAAAAUAAUGAAAGACAUUAUGAGAUAGAAUCAAGUAAAAAAACAUAUGACCAGUUAUCCUUAGAUAUUGACGAUACCGGCAAAGUACAUUAUGAGAAAGUGUCAAGCCCAAAGCAAAAUGAAAAUAUAUCAAGGCCAAAACAAUAUGAAAAUGUUUCAAUCGAAGACAAAUAACAUCAAAAAAUUAUACACUUAAUAAAAAUUUGAGUUAUUUUUUUUUGGAAGUA